AAGAGUGACAUCGGGGAAUCCCCGUAAAAUUAUAAAUCGAUUAUAUCCUCAAUCAAUUUUCAUAGCUCAAAGUAUAACAAUCGUUUGAUCUAAUAUUUUCAAAAUACUUCAAUGUUUCUCCCUAUACAUAUCUUUUACUCGGAUUUCUCUAUUUACAAAGUCAAAUUUUCAUUGUCAUCCACGAUCACCCUUUGUUCUUAAUGAGUGAAUCUGCGCGCGUAAACACAAGCCCGAUCAAUGGCCGAGUAAAGUCUCUGACUUUUGCAGAGAGAAAAGUAAAGCACACUUACAGACAUACAGAAACUGGCACAUGCCACUUGCGCAAUUCGAAAUGACAAAGAGCACGAAAGAAGAGCAAAUAAUAGGAACGCAUUCUGAAUUAUCGAAAUCUCAUGCGCAAAAGCGAAUGGAGGUCAUCGAAGCUCGCCAAGCCGUUUUGGUACGUUAACCGCCAACGAUUCUUCCUAACUGUAAAAACUUUUGCGUCAUUAGCAGCGUUCUGCAUCGUUUAUCUUCUUAUAGCUUUAUUAUAAUCCUCUUCUUAUCUCUAGGAAUCCAUUUAAUAAAAGAAUGGCAUCGUAGAAUAUUCAAACCACAUCGCACGUAUCGCCAACGGUUUAUUUCGUCUUUUUUAAAUCAAUAUAAUUUCCGCUUUUGGAUUUCUUAAGUUGGCGUCUAUGUUUAUCCUCGUCUAGGACGACCAAUUAGAAUUCUAUACGGGAUGCGUUUAGAGUUGUUUUCUACGUUGGAUUCUCGGAAUUUUAUCGUGCACGUGCGCUACCUCCUCUAGCGCUGCUUUUAACGUAAAGAACAAAGGCAAAGACUAUUCGCGAUAACUCACGGUGACUUUCCUCAACAAUGACCUAUAAAUACGAUUUUUAAAUUGCAUACUAUAUUAUACGUAUAAACAUAUACGCUAACUGUCACUUUUCACUACGGGCAACUAAAUACAUAUGUAUAAUAAGCACGUUGCGACAUAUCCGACAAAUUCUAUUUACCCAAAGAGACUACCAAUCGUGUAUUCCAUCGGCACAGUAUUACGUGUGACGUUUGUCAAAGAGGACGAAUAAAAAGUUAAAAGAACGAAUGAAGGUGUAGAGGAAGAAUGCAUCUCGUUACACGGUUUUCAACUUUUGAACGUGCCCAUAUGUUCAUUGGGAAAUAUCUAUUGGCCAUUAUUGCUGGAAGUCAGUUUGGAGAAUGUUUAUCCGCCCUGGAAAGAGAUUGGCAUAAUGUCAAAUUGACGUAUGAAAUAGAGAUCAUGCGAAUUUAUGCCACCAAAGGCAGAUAUUACGCUCUAAUCUGUUUCAUCUUGUCUUUCACAACCGUCACGUUACAAUUAAUAGUCCCAUUGACUCCUUUAUCGGAAUCUCGCGCCUUUCCUUAUCCAUCGCACUAUUGGUUCGAUUACCAAAGCAGCCCAUAUUACGAAAUUGUUUAUACUUUAAAAAUAUUUUCAAGUACCAUUCUUGCCGCAUGUAACGUUACUGUUGAUGGAUUUAUUAUUAUUCUAAUUAUGCAUGUCAUUGGACAAUUGGAGCUCGUUAGUGAGCAUAUAAGAAACAUGGAGGUUAUGAAAUCAACGAUAGAAACUUGUGUACAGCGACAUAGAGUUGUUAUAUGGAUGGCAGAGACGUUGGAGAAUUCAUUUAAUUUGGUUUUUUUAUGCCAUUUCAUGGUAUCAGCCAUUGUGAUGUGUUUGGCAGGAUAUUCAUUGAUGAAGAGCGUGGAAAGAAACGAGAGCCUUGAAUCUGUUAUUUCUAUGUUCUUUAUUGGAUCAAUUGCUUUUCAUCUCUUUCUUUAUUGUUACGUCAGCGAUAAAUUAACGGAAAAGAGUCUGCAAGUUGGUUACUCGGCUUACUGUUGCAACUGGUAUCAGCAUGAAUGUAAACAAUCGAAACCUUUACUUAUUUUAAUGAUUCGUUCAUCGAGAUCGUUAAAAUUGUCAGCAGGGAAAUUCAUCGUAUUGUCACUUGAAAAUUUCACAGACGUAAGAGACUAUUUGGUCGUUAAUUUUAAAGCAGAAAUAUUUUGGUACAUAAAAAAAUAUUUUCUUCAGGUACUAAAAACGACUGGUGCAUAUUUAUCAGUAUUGAGAAAAUUUUAAUGUAAAAUAUGUGAGUUGAUUAGAUUCCAAAAAAUAUUCUAAAAAAGUAGAUAUACAUUUAUGAUAAAUAUAUCACGCCAUAUAGAAACGUGAGUAAAUCAAAAAUAUUUCAUGUAAAUUUGCGGAUCUUGUGCAAGUAUAUAAAAAACACUACGUGAAGAUCAAGGAGUUUAGUUACCUAACGCAUCUUGAAUAAUUAAAUAUAAUUGUGAGUGACUGUACGCCCAGAGUGAAAUUUGAAUAAACAGCAAAACAGUAA